AUGGAUGACUACGACAGCGAGAAGCUUGCGUUACGGCUCCAGUAUACCGAUCUCCGCGCAACCUUGCAGUUGCUCCGUGACGAUCGUGACGCACUCGACCUGACAGAAGUCGAAAAGUCUCUCGCGAAGAGAAAGCGAGUGGACGAGGCCCUAAAUGACCGUGAGGUUGCUCUGAUUUCCCUUGAAACCGAGAUUGAGAGACAGGAGAGAAUCGCUGAAAAUAUCUCACUGGCUCUCGAAGUAAAUUUCGCCAUCGAAAUCAGCGAAGAUGAACGAAUAGGACUCGGAUCUGGCAAACGAAGCAAACACAUCUCCCGCAGCGGCCCGGAAGUAGUAUGCCUACCAGAUAUCGACACCUUCGAUGACCCCGAGUCUAAACAUAAGUACCGAGCGGGGCGUGUGGUCAUCGACUUGACCGGAAGCGAUGAUGAAGACCUGAUUCUGACCAAAGUUGACACCAGGCCAUCAGCGAAUACUCGUUCGAAAAAAAAGAAAGACCGCGAAACUGCCACCACAGCAUGCACAGCCUGUCUGGACUCAUUCAAGGAAUCCGAGACCUUCGCCGGGAAAUGCGGACAUGCAUUCUGUCGCGAGUGUCUGAGAACCAUGUUCCUAAUAUCGAUGCAAGACGAACAGCUUUAUCCACCCCGCUGCUGCAAUGAACCCGUCAAGCCGAAGAGCUUACUCCAGAUACUAGACUUCGAUCAGAUCCGCGCCUUUGACGAGAAAGUCAUCGAAUAUUCCGCCAAAGAUCGAUUAUACUGCUUCGAGCCAACGUGUUCGAAAUUUAUACCCAAGACAGCAAUUCACCAAGAGAUUGCUACCUGUCCAGCUUGCAAGAAGCAGACGCAUGAACUUUGCCGCUCUCCUGUUCACCCCGGUGUUGACUGCCCGAUGGAUGAGGCCUUGCAAAGCUUGCUGAAGGUUGCUAAAAAGCAGAAAUGGAAACGCUGCCCGAAAUGUCACGCUAUGGUUAGUCUGUCUAGUGGAUGCGCUCAUAUCUGGUGCCGUUGUGGACAUGAGUUCUGCUACGAGUGCAAGAAGGUUUGGAAGACUUGCAAAUGCCCUACAUGGCCUCCUGGAUAUCGCUAG